GACAAGAAAAAGAAAAGAAAAGAGGUGUCCACGGUCCAUCUCCCUCCAAAGAAUCACGCGACAGUGUAAUGUAGAGAGAGACAAUAUAAACAGUUCCGAACUGGAGGAAUGCUUAAUUGGGAAUAGAAAUGCGCCAAGUGUUGAGCAUCAUUCACACCAUUGAAGAGCUCCAUACAGUAGAGAAAGAAGAGAGAAAAAUUUCAGUCAUUUCCACUUGUUGAAUUGCAACACUUUCUGAAAUUUGCUUAAAGAACCAAGGCCAAUCAAAUUAGACCAAAUCUUGUUCUGUUGUUCAACCUUGAAGGUCAUAAGAUCUCUUCCAAAUGAAUGGAGAGAAGUCUCAAGUUCUUGGAAAGAUGGAAGCUGCCAAGAUGUUGGUUGCUGACAAGGACUAUGUGGGUGCAAGAUCUAAGCUGCUUGAACUCCAUUACGGCUUUCCCGGUUUCAAAAAUGUUCCUGAGAUGAUAAUUGCAUGUGAGAUCUUAUGUGCAUCAGAGCUGACUAUAGAUGGUGAAACUGACUGGUACUGGGUUCUGCAAGUUAGUCCGAAAGCUACCAUGUCUCAAUUAAAACAGAAAUAUGAGAAACUUACUACUGUUUUGGAAGGGAUUAAGGGUGACUUUCCUGGGGCUGUCACUGCUUUGAAGCUGGUCCACAAUGCAUAUGGUGUGCUUUCGGACACACGUGACUCCUUGGUCUUCAACUCAAAGAGGCUAACAAGCUGGGGGGGUUGUGAAGCGUCUGUUUCCAUUGCGAGUUCUCUUGAUGAUUCAGGGCAUCAUGAGGGUAGUAGUCUUAAUCAAGAACCACAUUGUUCACUUGUCUACGAAAGUUAUGCUUCUAAGGACACAGAAGGUAAAGGUCUUGAUGGUGCAGAUGAGAGAAGUUCAACACCAAUCGAAGUUGAUGAUUCAGAUGGUGCGGAUGAUAUGAAUGAAUGGAAUAAGGUAAUCAGCUCAACAGAAGUGAUUUCCAGGUCUUCCUCUUUGAAGUUAGAGGAAACUCAGACUAUGCAUAACAAUGUGGUAACCUCCAUGAAUUUUGAUCAUUUGGAAGAGAAGCCAUUACCAAAUGCAACAGCCGUAACAGAUCAUAUUUGUGAUGAAGGUAUCUACAACUUAGAUAGUACAAAGGAGCAUGAGACUUUUGAAGUUGGCCAAAUUUGGGUUGCUUAUGACGGUGAAAAGUUGCCUCGAAGGUAUGCGCGUAUUAAUUACGUUUCAGAAUCACCUUUUAGGCUCGAUGUUAAUUGGUUGCAACCUGUGCCAAAAACUGAGAAUGAAAGCAAAUGGUGUGAGAUUGGGAUGCCAGUGGUUUGUGGAUUAUUCAGCUUGCACGAGGAUGAAGAGUCUUUGGUUGACUCUGCUACUUUAUCCCAUUUGGUUUCUUGUACAGCCAGCCCAACUUAUGAUGAAUUUGAGAUUCUCCCACAAGAAGAUGAAGUUUGGGCAGUUUAUAAAGACUGGAGACCACUUGAUUGGUUAAAAAACCCUGAAUCUAGAAAAGGAUGUAGUUUACAGGUAGUAAGAAUCCUUGAAGAUUAUUCUGAUCAGGAGGGUGUUCUUGUUGUGCCAUUAGUCAAGGUUGGUGGGUCCCAGAAUGUUUACAGACGAGAGACUGAAGUUGGUCGAGAAUGUUCUUUCAGAAUCCCAGCUAAUUACUUGUAUCAGUUUUCUCAUCAACUUCCUGCACAUGAUUUAGAAGGUGGGAAACUGAUUGGAGUUUAUGGUGAGCAAGAGCCCUCGACCAUGAACUUCUCAACCUCUCAGAGGCCUGUAUCACACCCUUCAUCAUCGGAUCUAGUGGGUAAAUCACCAAAACUUGAAUGGACAGUUGAACAUUUUGCUGCUAGCCAAGUAUGGGCGAUUUAUCAUGGCACUGACAAAAUGCCGAGGCAGUAUGCAGUAGUAAAUAAAGUGUUUCCAAGUGGAGCUGUGGAAGUAACAUUUUUGGAGCCUCAUCCUAACCCAAUGGAUUAUGAAGAGAUUUCUUGGAUUGAAGAGAACUUACCUGUUGGUUGUGGAAUAUUUAAACUUGGUUCCAGAAUUGCUAUUUUAGAGUUCGGUAAGUUCUCGCAUUUGGUUAACUGUGACCGAACCACCAAGAAUAUGUUCUUUAGAAUCUAUCCUAAAAAAGGUGAAAUAUGGGCGAUGUACAGAAACUGGAAUAGAAAAUGGAAGCAAAAAGAUUUCAGUAAUUACCAUUGUCGAAUAGUUCAAAUAACUUCUGAUUUCAUCGAGCCUUCUGGUGUGCACACAGCUAGCUUAGAAGAAGUACCAGGAUAUAAAACUUUCUUUCAGAAGCAACAAUGUGAUGGCUUUGUAUUGAACCGAGCAGUUCCAAGAUCAGAGAUGCUUAGUUUUUCACAUCGUAUCGAGGCAUUUGUAGUCCCAGGAAUCGGAGUUCAUGGUAUUCCCGAGUGUUCUUGGCACCUAGAGCCUGAUGCUCUUCCUCCAGUUCUUUCUAACUAAUCCAAAAAUGAAGUCGUGACUUAGUUCCAUACAAAGACUAAUUUACUGUACAUCCUGUUGAAAAAGCUAUAUUAGUCUUCAUUAUCAUUUAUCAUGUUAGAUGGUUUCCCUUCACUUAUAGUUAUAACUUAUAAGUUCCUCACAUAAACUUGGCAGAAAUGUCAUGCUAAAUUUCUAUCUGAUUCCAGAGUAGUUGUUAAUUGGAUUCCA